AAUAUUAGUAGAUAAUGAAAUUAUUUUGAUAUUGCAAAAUUAUUGAAUUACACAAAUUAAAGUUGAACAAGCCAAUGAAGCGAAAGCAGCCAUCUUGGAAAAUCCUUUUUCGCAUUUCGAACGAACGAAGUGUCAAAUAUCGAUAAUUAUUUCGUCUCAGACGACUGAACUAAAAAUUUUUACAAGAAUUUUGUUUUCUUAGAAAAGUUAGAUUUUUUAAAGCGACCUUAAAAUUGAAAUGUAAAAAUUAAUUUCGCGCCAUAAAAUAAUAUUAUUCAAUAGUUGCAUUUAAAAGUAAGAAAAAUAUACAGGCGAGUUGCGAUACAAACAACUCGAGUAAGAAAGGGGUAGGAGAAUUUUUCUGUUGAAAGUUGGAAAUAAUAUAAGCAAGACGGCUUCUCAAAAAAAAUCGUCUAAGAAGAUGGCGGAGACCAAAGAAUUAGAGGUGAGUGAAGUAUUAGAAGUGGUGCAGUGCAGUUAGACUAUGUGUGAAAUUUUAGAGAAAAGUCGGCACGUCUGCAUUGUGAAUUUGUCGUGGUUAUAUCCGGGGUAUCAGCGAUUUAUAAUUUGCGUCGGUGAAUUGUAUUACUAGACGCCUAGUACACCUUUGAGCGCGUUUUUCUUCAUUAUUCUUAUAAUUAUUUUCUUUCUUCAGUGAAAUAUUAAGAUUAAUCAAUAGCAUUUUUUCUUCGUUAUAUUGUGCUUACAAUUAUGUUACGUUUGCUGAAUAAUGCUCUCAAAACACGUCCAUAUCUUCGUAUUCACAGAAUAUGAUAUUGAGUUUUCGAGUGUCUGAACUUCAGAUGCUUCUUGGUUUUGCUGGUAGAAAUAAAUCAGGUAGAAAAAACGAAUUACAAGGUCGUGCAUUAGAAUUGUUACGUUUGAGGUCUCAUCCAAUUCAACUCAAAAUACGUGAACUAUAUAAAACUAUACAAGCUGAUCAAUUAGCUGCACAUCAAAUGUAUGGUCAAACAGGUAGUUCUGGUGAACCACAGAUAGAUCAAAACAUGCAUUCCAGAAAUUAUUAUACAAGACAAGCUAUCAGUCAGCAACAACAAUCACAGUCUUCAGUUUCUAGUGGAAAAGAUUUACCACCUGCUCAUCAAGCAUCACUACCUCAAGCACCUAGAACCAAUCCAGUAUAUCAAUCAGGAUAUACUAGUGUAACACCACAACAAACAACAAGUGCAGCUUACAAUCCAUAUCCAUAUACACCAAAAGUUUUACCAUCACCAUUACAAAUUCAACCUAGAAGUCAGUAUCCUGUUCAUCCAGAUGUCAGACUUAAAAAGCUACCAUUUUUUGAUUUAUUGGCUGAGUUAUUAAAACCAUCUAGUCUAAUGCCUCAAGGAUCUAUGCGACUUCAAGAAAAUACAUUUAUGUUUCAUUUAACACCACAGCAAUCAACAGAUGUAGCAAGUUCGCGUGAUUGUCGUGCAGGAAGUAAAAUGGAUUAUACAGUACAGAUACAAAUGCGAUUUUGUUUACAAGAAACUUCAUGUGAACAAGAAGAUUGUUUUCCCCCAAGUAUUGCUGUAAAAGUUAAUGGAAAAUUAUGUCCCUUACCUAAUCCAAUACCUACUAAUAAACCCGGAGUAGAACCAAAGAGGCCUCCAAGGCCUGUUAAUAUUAGUCCUUUAGUUAAAUUAUCUCCUACUGUAGCAAAUCAAAUUCACGUAACGUGGUCGGCUGAUUAUGGCAGACGAUAUGCAAUUGCGAUAUAUCUAGUAAGAAAACUUUCAAGUGCUGAAUUAUUAUCAAGGUUAAAAAGUAGGGGUGUUCGACAUUCGGAUUAUACAAGAGGUUUAAUUAAAGAAAAACUUAAUGAAGAUGCAGAUAGUGAAAUAGCGACAACUUCGCUUAGAGUAUCUUUAGCUUGUCCAUUAGGUAAAAUGCGAAUGAGUACACCAUGUCGGGCGACAACAUGUUCGCAUUUACAAUGUUUUGAUGCAUCAUUGUUUCUUCAAAUGAAUGAAAGAAAACCAACAUGGAAUUGUCCAGUUUGUGAUAAACCAGCAUUAUAUGAUAAUCUCGUUAUCGAUGGAUAUUUCCAAGAAGUAUUAAAUUCUAAGAAAUUAUUACCAGAUGUAAAUGAAAUUCAAUUAUUACAAGACGGAUCUUGGGAAAAUUUAGUUUUAAAAAAAGAAAAGGAUAAAGAAAAAAAUGAAACAAAAGUUAUUACGAAUUCACAAGAUCGUAAAAUCGAUGUUGAUACAGUUGAUCUUGAUGAAAGCAGCCUUACACCUCAAAAGGAAAAGAAACGAGCUGUUGUGAUUGAUUUAAUAUCAGAUAGUGAUGAUGAUGAUGAACAUACCACACCAACACAAAGUACAAAAAAAAUAGCUAGUGGUACUUCUUCACCAAAAAAAUCACAAACUAGCUCGAUUAGCAGUACAAGCGAAUCGCCAGAAUUAAUGAUAAUCGAUUUAGAGUAGAAUUUUUUGUAUUUAUUAAAUUUAUUAUUAUCAAAUUGCCAAAUUUUAAAGCAAAUAUGCAAUUUUGUACAGAAGAAAAACUAAAAGUUUAAUAGUUUUGUGAUUAUCUUACAAAAAAGUUACUGUAUAAUAAUAAGUAUAAUUCAUAACGUUUUUACUUUUGGUACUUAAAAUUUGACAAAAAUAAGCAAAAUAUUUUUUUUUAUAUAUGUAUGAUAAUCUAGCAUUCCUUCAUUAGAUAUGUAGAGAUGAUACAUUAUUUGUUUGGGAUUUAACUCAUAAUGUAUAAAUAAGAUCAAAUUAAUUUAAAUAAUAAAUUACUUUAUUAUACUUUUUCAUUAUUAUAAUAAAAUCAUAUAUAAUUUCGUCUAAAAUAAUAGUCAUUUUGAAUUUUAAGGUUAUUUUGUAAUAUAAAUUUCUUAUUAACUUUAAUGUGUAAAUGAAAGAACGAAAUAUAAAAUGUAAAUACUUGUACUACAAAUUUUAAUAUAAUUAAACCUAAAAAUUUUUUUAAAA